AUGCGUUCCAUCUGGGUGGCCUUAGCGAGCCUCGGAACCAUCUUUGUGUCUGCGUCUGCUCGACAAAUCCCAAUCACCCUCCAGCCAUGUCCAUGUGUUCGAGUCAGUGCAUCGAGCUCCUCGUAUCUGGCCGCCACGCCCACAGCCACCGCGGCCGUGGUCGACGGCCGGCUCUUCCACGAAUGCUUGCAAUCCAUCCCCAUCGACACCCGCGCCGCCCUCGACCUUCUGCACGCCUUGGAGCCAUACAUUGAACUCCAGUCGACCUUGGCAUAUCUGGCCCAUCCACCGCCCGACUAUGCCUAUCCCGCCGUCGACAUCAUCGCCUCUCUGCACGCCCUGGCCGGCAAUGUGACGGCUGGACGGUAUGCGGCCGAGUAUGAGUUCCAGACCGACCUGUUGCGCCUCUUUCUGUCCGCCCGGGACGGUCACUUCUCCUUCAUUCCCGACCUCUUUGGCGUGGGGGCGUUCAAGAUCCCUCAUGCCGCGUUGGUCUCGCUUUCGCACCCGUCGCAUGCCGCUGGUCGAGAUUCGCCUCGAGUCUAUUUGAGGUCGGAUGUGCUCGACACCACGCCUGACGGCUUCGUCUUGCGGGAGAGUGAGUGGGAGACGGAAUGGGAGAGGGCAACGGAUCCUGCUGGCCUAAAGGACUCGCGUCCCCCCUCACAUGUGGUCAGCGUCAACGGCAUCCCCGCCCUCGACUACCUGACCGCACGAACCGACGAACUUCCCUUCCACGACCGCGACGCUGCCUACAACUUCCUCUUCUUCGAGAGUGCGCAUCUGGUGCAAUUCGGCUCCAGCGCGGCGGAUGGUGGCUAUACCGAUGGCUAUGGCGAUGGCCAUGGCGCAUUCGUCAACCCGGUCUUCUAUCCUGGCUCACACACCACCCUGGGCUUUUCCAACGGCUCCAUCAUCAGUAUUCCCACCGUCGCCGAGAUCUAUGCCAGUUUCGACAAUGUCACUGACGGACUCACUGCAUACACCCGGUUCUGUGUGCGAGACAGACCGGAGGACUCGGCCCCUUUACAGCCAGCCAUCGAUACGUCACCAGCAUCAGCACCAGCAUCAGCACCAGCAUCAGCACCAGCUCCAUCCUCUCAUUUCUAUCCCUCGCCCGUCGUCGCCGACGCCGGAAAUCAUGUCGCAGGCUAUUUCCUCGGCGACACCGACACCGACACCAACGCCAUGAACGACACCGCCGUACUGUCGAUCCUCAGCUUCGAUGCACAGACCGACCCGACCGGGUUCCAAGCCACCGUCGCCACGUUUCUCGAAAGAUGCAAAGCUCAAGGCAAAACCAAAUUGAUCAUCGACGUUUUCGCCAACGGAGGCGGCAUUGUCGAGUUGGGACUCGACCUGUUCGCACAGUUAUUCCCCAACUUGCAACCCAUCUCCCACGCCAACAUGCGCGCAUCCCCGGUUCUCGACAGUCUCGGCCAGGCGGUGUCUCGACUUGGGGUCGGACUCGUCGACGCUCAGUUCGGGUCGGGAGAUCCAUUCGACGUCCGCUCGGCCUUACAGCCCGACGACUCGCCCUGGUCGAACUGGACUCAUAUGUACGGGCCAGUGUCGGCUUCCACUUCCACUUCCCCUGCCAACACUGAUGGUGACGGUCGAGAUCGAGCCCAUUGGCCCGCAAUUCCAGAAUCCAACAUCACGUCACCAGUCGCAACCACAGAGAUGUUCAAGUUCACGAAUGUCUUCCGACCUGAUCCUGCUCUGUCCGCACCGCCGGGCUUUCACAUGACGCUCUCCGCGUCCAACGUCAACACCACCUCGCCCGUCUUCGAUCCGGAGAAUAUCGUUCUUCUGACCGACGGCUACUGCGCGUCCACAUGUGCCAUCUUUGCCGAAAUCCUACACACCCAGACUGCGGGCCGCGUUCGAUCGGUUGUCGUCGGCGGCCGACCUCUCAUUACCGAGCUGAAUGGGGGGGAAGCUUAUGAGCAUGGCAAUGACCGAGACCACGACCGAGUCAAAGAUGAAAGUGACGUGAAUGACUACUCGCAACCUGCUCGUCCGCCGCCGCCGCCGCCCAUGCAGGCUCUCGGCACAACCAAAGGCCGCGCAUUCUGGUCGUUCAGCUCUAUCUUGUCGACCGCCCAGACUGCUGCGAGGGGGGGAAUGAGAAUGGGCGUGCAAGUGGGAGUGCAAGCGAGAGCGGAAGUGGGAGUGCAAGCAAGAGCGGAAGUGGAAAGGCAAGUGAAUGGGGAGGAGGAGAAGGAGAAGGAGAAGGAGGGAAAGGAAGACUAUACAGAUGCAGAUGCAGAUGCACAUCUCCAUCUCGACCAUAAACCCAGCCUGUCGCCACUCCCACCCGCACUCGCCUUCUCACUCGCUCGAUUCUCCGACCUCCCACUCCGACGGACAUUCCAGCCCGACGUGGCUGGGGUCAAUGGGAUGAAUCACAUCCGGGUCAACAAUGACAACGGGAAUGGGGAUGGGGAUGACGAUCAAGACGACAAAACCAAACCCGCCCCAACCCCCGUCCAGUUCCUUCGCGAACACGCGGAAUUUCGCCUCUUCUUCACGCCGGACAUGCUGCUCAGCCAGCAGCGGGUGUGGGAGCGGGUUGCUGAUGUGGUUUUUGGGAAAAGCGACGUUCAGGGGGUGAGUGAGGGAAGGGAGUGA